AUGGACGUCAAGUCUGCUCGAGCCAAAUACUACGCUACACCAGUGUGUAAAUUAAAACAAGGCAAUUCAUCGAAAUGGUGGAAAGAAGUUAAGUCUAUUGGUGGUCUAUCCUCUCGGGACUCAUGGCACCACCGACUGUUGUCCUCCGACAACCCUACCUGUCAACAUCUUGUUGAAUCCAUAAACACGUUCUUUACUAGUUUGACUUCCCACUUCAGCCCACUUCAGCCCGAUAGUACCGUGACGAAAACGGAUGUCCUUGCCUCAUUCCUGGUGGACACAGGUCAGGUUUAUCAAGCCUUACGUAAGAUCAAAACUAACAAAUCUCCUGGCUCUGACUUAAUCCCUAACAAAAUCCUUAAAAUGUUUGCCUUUGAACUUGCUCCUGUAAUUGCUGAUGUUUACAACUCAUCCCUCUCACAAGGCGUGGUUCCCUCCCAGUUAAAGCUAUCUAUUAUCCGGCCCAUUCCUAAAGUACUUCCUCCCACAUUGACCUCGCAAAUUUCCAAAGUUAUGGAAAGAUUCACAAUUAACUCGUUGAUGCCUCAAGUAAUAGAUCAACUUGACCCUAAGCAAUUCGCACUUCGAAACAAAUCAACUACCCAUGCCCUGGUGUACCUUCCCAUCAAAUUUUUGCUGCCUUAG